AUGCGACCCCAAAGUUAUUACAGGGAUGAUAGUUAUGAUGAUGAUGAUGACGAUCGGGACAAAUAUCAACGAGCUGACGAACCGGACAGAUAUCUAGCAGACGACUAUGAUAAUCGAAAAAAAACAACCAAAAAAACCUUUCCCGACUGUUUAUUCGGCUCUUCAAAAGCAGUCAAACCAUUUAAUAUGCAAAAUAUGUUUGAAACGGAAAUUCGACGGUUAUCAAAGACUAUUAACACCGAAAAUAGUGAUGAUGAAAUCAAUGAUGCUACUCGUCAAAGUAUUAUUGCAAAAGCAGCAGUUCAUGUUUCAAGCUCUUUACUUUCAUCGUUGUUUUGUGAUUUAAAUGGAACAGAUACAGAAAAUUUAGAUGAAUUUUUACGUCAAUUCCAAGUUCCAGAAAAAUUUUGUUCAUUACACUCUAAAAUAGAUUGUGAUGCUUACAAAGACCGUCGUCAUAUUUCGGGUAUAUGUAAUAAUUUGAAAAAUCCGCAUUAUGGUAGUGCCGGUACACCAUUCACUCGUAUAAAGAAAGCCGUCUACGACGAUGGUCUGGGUAAACGAAGAUCCAAAUCAGUGACUGGCCGACCAUUACCGUCAGCACGUGACUGUAGUUUACGAUUAUUUCAGAAUAAGCAACAAUUUUCUCGAUCAUAUACAAAUUAUUUUGUUAUAUUUGGACAGUUUAUUGGACAUGAUAUGUCACUUGCCGCACCAGCAAAAGAUGGAUCUGGUAAACCGAUAGCAUGUGGUUGUAAUCGUAAUGAUGAUAUGUGUUCUAAUGUAAAAAUUCCACCAAAUGAUCCAUGGAUGUCUGAUCAAAAAUGUAUGGCUAUUCCAGCAACAGCUGAAGCGUUUCCUGAUCAAAUCUGUUCGUUAGGUAUACGAGAACAAAAGAAUGACAACACACAUUUUAUUGAUUUGUCAGUUGUAUACGGAAGUAGUCAAGAGACAAUAGAUAAUUUUCGUGAACAUACUGAUGGUUUACUGAUAGUCACAGAUGUUACUCCAUAUAAAGAUUAUUUGCCUCAACAACAAAGUGGACAAUCUUGCGUUGAUGCAGACGACCGAGUCAAAUGUGAUGGACGUGUUAUGGAAAAUCUUGUAUUGACCGGCAUAGUGACACAAUGGUGGCGUUUUCAUAAUAUGUUAGCAAGAAAAUUAAAAGAACUACACAGUGACUGGUCUGAUGAUGAGUUAUUUGAAGGAGCGAAAAAAAUUAAUGUGGGCUACUUUCAAAAGGUUGUUUUUGAUGAGUAUUUACCUAUGUUGCUUGGACAAGAGCUUACUGAUCAAUUCUUUCCAGACGGACCAACUAAAUAUGACCCAGAGAAAAUACCUGGAGUUUGGACCGAAUUUUCCACAGCUGCAUUUCGCUGUCACUCACUUGUUCGUGAAUGGUAUAGUCGUGCGACACCGUACCAUAAACUUAUCGAUCAAAAAUUGCUAUGGGACAUAAGUCUUCGUGCUGCACCAGCUUGGGAUUUUAACUUUGGUGGUCUAGAUGCAUACCUUCGUGGUAGUGUCAAUGAUUUCGGAUACGCAUGGGAUUGGAAUUUUGCCGAUCAAAUAAGACAUCAUUUAUUUGAAACAAAUGAUAAGAAAGCUGAAACAAAACGUUACGAUUUGCCAGCAAUGAAUAUAAAUCGUUGCCGAGCACAUGGUAUUUCUAGUUAUAAUGUCUAUCGUGAAUGGUGCGGCUAUAAAAGGGCAAAGAAAUUUUCAGACUUUUCUGACACAAUAAAUACUGAAGGAAUUCAAAAUUUGAGAGAAGUAUAUGACGACCCAGAUGAUGUCGAUUUAUUCGCUGGUUUAAACAUGGAAGAUUCUGUUCCUGGAGGACUUAUUGGAAAAACAUCGGCAUGUAUUGUUGCUAGACAAUUCGCACUGAUACAAGUCUCUGAUCGAUUUUAUUAUGAACAUGAAGGUGUUUUUACUCCAGCUCAACUUCAAGCACUUAAAGAUUUCACACAUCGAAGUUUUAUGUGUGAUACCGUGGAAACAUACUCAAUGCAAACGGAUCCGUACAAACCUCGAACACCUGAAGGAAAUGAACAAAUACCAUGUACUGAAAAUUAUGCGACCUUGAAUAUGGAGCCAUGGAGAUAA